GAAUUACAUGUCUCUGGGCAAUACAGCUAGUCUUAUACUGACUCAAUACGUCAAUAUAUGUUUCACUUGUGUGCAGUGGCUCAUCCUUAAGGUUUCAGAGUGCCGGCGCAGGCUGAGCUAAAUCGGUAACGGUCAUCGGGCUGGACAGUGCAACCUCGUUCUAGCGCCGCAAAUGACAAUCAUCAAGAACUCGUACUCAGGAUGGAUGCAAAACUUUCCUCAAGUUCCUUUAGCAACGACAAAAUAUCAACAAUCGAUGCCUGCCGAGCAAAUCCCUGAUCUCAACCUCAAGCUUUCAAGCACCACGAUCAGCUAUUACACUUGCAUUCACCACGAUCAUAUAGUAUUCUCAAAGACACAGAGUCCGUCAUUUGCAUCCACCAGAAAACAACAGAUUUGAACGCAGGCCACAGCUUCGGCAAAGAGCGAACAAGAUGGGUCGAUCCAAGUCGGAAGAUCCGCUUCAAUUGGAGCAACCGCGGAAACCAAAAGCCACACCAUUCAAUCAGCAACGUCUUAGAGCGUGGAAGCCGCUUUUGACACCGAAAUCAUCAAUCAAGAUCUUUCUUUCGCUUGGCGUCGUCUGCCUCGCUCUGGGAAUAUUUUGGCUGGUGCAAAAUGACAAAAUACGGGAGAUGCGGAUAGACUACACAAAGUGCGACGAGAUUGAAUCAUAUGACGAGCUCGAAGUUAUGCCACCAGACAACGUCGAAAAGCGUUUCAAGGCUUCAUCAGCGGGUCAGCCUGUGGACCAAUGGAAACGAUCAAAUCAGUCCGUCACCUUCGACGGGGUCACUAAGAACUACACCAUGUGCACGAUAGAGUUCUUCCUGCCUGAAGACUUGCAACCACCGGUCCUAUACUACUAUCGGCUCACGAACUUCCACCAAAAUCACCGUCUCUAUAUCAAUUCUCGCCACAAAGACCAACUAAGAGGCGGCGCAGUUUCCUUGGACAACAUCAAAAGCUCAGAUUGCGCCCCCGUGGCAUCACGAAACGUUGCUGGCAGUGCAGAGGAGAAGAUUGUGUACCCCUGUGGCAUGAUAGCCAACUCUUACUUCAACGACACUUUCGAGAAUCCGCUACGCAUACCAAGUGGCUCAAAUCGAACCGUUCCAUACAACAUGACAUCUGUCGGUAUCGCCAAGAGUGUUGAAAAGAAGCUGUAUGAACCGAGCAAAUACCAAAUACCGGCUACCGCUCAGCCCAACGAAAGUAUCAUCGUGCCUCCUCCAGGUUGGGCAGAGAGGUACCCCAAUGGGUACCAUUCGGGAAACAUGUUCAAUCCCGCAGAAGAUGAAUCUUUCAUGGUGUGGAUGCGAACAUCUGCCGGCUCAUCGUUCAGUAAGAUGGCUAUGCGCAACAAAGACGAUGUGAUGGAACGAGGCAUCUAUCGUCUUGAGAUCAUUUCCCACUAUCCUAUCCGUGAGAAUCGUGGGACGAAGUCGAUCAUCAUUUCUACGACAUCUGCCAUCGGACGGCGCAAUAGCUUUCUGGGAAGAUCUUAUUUAGCUAUGGGAUCUGUCAGCAUGUUUUUCGCUUUCAUCUCCGCGCUCACUCUGCGAUAUCGGCCUCGCAGGUUAGCAGACCAUGAUUAUCUGCACAGGCACGGUGCUCAGACUUUGCAGCGCGAAGGAAGCAACGGGCCUAUGCUGCGGACAACUAGCCGAUGAUCGGACAUUGACGAGAACCACGAUGUGGGGGAUGCAAAUUUCGGGUGCAGGGUUUCUUAAUGUGUUAUACUGGUUUGCUUUGAGUUGUAUAUAGAGGGUUUUGGUAUAUUGAUGAUGAG